GCGGCCGGCCGCGCCGUUCCAGUCUGCUGAGAGGUGGGGCUGGUUUUAGUCGUCGUUGCAGAGCCAGACUGGGCACUACAGAUGAAGGGAGCACCUGCCGCGGUCGAUAUUGACGGGCGCCAGGUGCACAUUGGGUCCGCGGUGCAGCUAAAUUGGCUUGGGGUUUGGUACGAGGGCUUUGUCGUCGAGAUUGGACCAAAACGAAACCUCUGUAAGGUUCGUGAUGCAAAGAGCAAGGAGACGGUUCUGCUUGAGAGCAGUCACCUUCAGCUCAGAGACGAUGGAGUGGCUGACAAGCGACUGGCAACUGGGGCACGGGUGGUGUACAGGGAUGGAGAAUGCGGGUGGGAAGGAGUGGUAGAGACCAGGUCUGCUGUGGGAGCAAUCUUAGUCAGUUGGAGGAAGUCUGGUUUAUCAAAGGAAAAACUGACGUGGUUUGAGCUCUCUCACAUUGCCCCCAUCAUCCACAACGAACUGUAUGUUGAGCACAACCAAGACAUACUGAAGGCACGGAAGAGUGGACUCCUGCACAAUGAUGCAAUCGAACCACGACCUCGCACCAUGGACAACCUGCUCUAUGAGUCUGGAUCGGAUAAAGAAACGGAAACCCUCACCAAGUUAGCUGCUAGCAAGAGAUACAUGGCUCAACGCAACAGGGGUAAGGAUAGCAGCAGUCACUGUUUUGAGGGGGAAAGAGUAGCAGAUAAGGAGAAAAAACUUGACAACUCGGCACCAUUUGCACUACAGCCAGAUCCACUGCGGUCAUAUCCACUUCCCCCUGCAACUGUCUUCAUGCCCCUCCCACCCAUGAUGUCCCACCUACCAAUGAUGCCCCUCCCACCAAUGAUGCCCCACCCACCAAUUAUGCCCCUCCCACCAAUGACGCCACACUCCAAUAGCUACAUGUCUCUCCCUCUCGACGCCCACAUGAAAUCCGCGUCAUCAUUCACGAGUGCACCUGGUGACCCACACCGGUCUUCCUCACCCCAUCCUCGCUCUCUUACGAGGCUCGGGCAAGCCCAGAGCUCUACUCGUCACUGCAUCACAACCUACACCACCUACACCAGUGGAAUACCUCCCCACCCUUCAUCCAAGUUCUUACAAGGUCUGCAAGAUGCUAAUAUCGGGAAUCGAAUAUCGGGCCGUCGGACAAAGGCAAGGGGAAGGAGAUCUACAUCAACCCUGUCUCAAACACACUCAGAGCCAACCCACUACCCCACAAAGUCAAACUCAACAACAAAGAAGCCUGAGGUUCCCAACUUCUCAAAAGAAAAGAGUGUUCCACCAACGCACAUGUCCCAACCCACAAGCCACUACUCCAUAACCAGCACUCAGUCACAGCGGAGCAAAGACAAAUCAAGUCUUGGGAAGAAAGAAGACGUGUUCCAGGGUGCCACCUCACCUCUUCGUCCCCGAGCACUUCCUUCUCAGCUGAAAUCUGACACUGACGAUAGCCGACUCAAACAGCCCCAGUCAACCAGGGGGAGUGAGAUUGGUUCAGAGAGAGGGAUGCAUAGUGGGUCAGGUGGUAAUAUGGGUGAGAGGAGGCCUGAAAUGGAAGUGGCUACAGAUGAUGAGGAUGAAUACAGCUCAGUAUUCACUGAUAACGAUGAGACACAAGUGAACGAUAACAAAAGUGAUGUGGCAGGACUGAAGGUAGUGUCGGCCAGUCCGGCCUAUGAGACUGUGUCCCACGGAGGCUCCACCCUCCUGACCUGCGUGGCCCAGAGUCAGCACUCUGUCCACUAUCAGUGGCUCAGGGAGGGGAAACCCAUCUCCGAACAUGACCCAUUCUUCACUCAGCCAGCACCAGGGAUGCUCCAGAUCCAGAUGGCCUCUCUCUACCUCACCGGGGAGUACAGGUGUGUCGUCUCCGAUGGCCACAGCUCCCUCGAGAGGGUAUUCCACUUGGAGGUGUGCUCCGAGACACUGGUUUCUGAGGCAGAGGUGGAAACUCAUGUUGGGAAUAUUCCUCCUGGUUAUGAAGCGGCAAUUGCUGAUACCAACGGAGCUAAAGUAAAUUCCCCACAACCGGCAUCGAUAUCAAAACCACCCGUCACCAGAGUGAAAGGUCCUAAGUCAGAAUCAUCUCCUCGCCCAACAAAAUCACCCCCGUACACUUCACCAGCAGUAGCUUCAUUGCCACAACCUUCAUCCGGUAGAGACACACCGGACACGACAGGGAAGGAAGAUGAUGGAGCCGGGAACAAGAAAAUGAGAACUGAACAAGAGAACGUGGUUUCAACGGAAAAAGGAGCUAUGGUGGGGAGCAGACGGGCGUACAGGAAACAGGUGUAGGGCGAGUGCAGCUCUAAAGAACGACAUGGAAAUCUAUCUAAAGGGAUACGGUGAGAACUAUGGUGGAGUGUCGUCGCAGUCACCUCAACUGGAGAUCUCGACGGAGGGGGGAGAGGGUGAGAGAUGGUGCAGAAAGAAACGACCAAAGGAGAAGAAGAAUAAGAAGAAGGCAAAGAGUUCGAGCCAGGAAGAUUCCUCACCGGUUAGGUCAACCGGCUCUCUCGAUAAUACAGAGUCACUGAAACACCCAAGAAAAAGCAAGAGCUUCAGAAAACUGCCAAAUUUACUGUUGGGUAAGAGUAGAAAGAAGCAGGGGGUGGCCAGUAUGGAAAAGACACCACCUCCGACUCCUGCCUGGACAGAAGAAACGCUACCCACUCCGACAGUAGCAUCUGAUUCAACAGCAAAAGUUGUCGACGAUAAGGAAGAGACAGCAGUGCUGCUGUGCAAGCAUCGGUGGGAGGUAGCUCAGGAUCAGAGGAAAGGAAGAAAGGGUUCUUCUUGUCAAACAUUUUCCCAAGAAGUAGAUCUUCAUAGCACAUAAUUAUAGUUAUACAUACAACUGUACGUGCAUACAUACAACAGCAUUUUAUGUGGUGUGCUGCAUGAAAAAAGUUUUAUAACGAUCUAUUUUUUGUGAACACUCAUCACUCUACCACAGACUUCAAUUCCUCUUCGUUUUCGUCUUCUUCAUCCACCUUACGGUAGCGCUCUUGUACAGCUUUUUCGACCUCAGGCUCACUGCCACUCUUCCCCU